AUGUCUGGGAACAGGACGGAGCUGAGCUUGUGCAAAACGGAUCAGAGGGGCUGGGUGCCUGCUGGGGCAGAGGGCUCGUCGGGUGGCACCUGCUUGUCCUCGUCCCUUUGGUAUCAAACAAUGAACUACGUGGGGCAGCUUGCUGAGACCGUCUUUGUCAGGGUGAAGGAGCUGUACCGGGGUCUGAACCCUGCCACCCUGACGGGCUGCAUCGAUGUGGUCGUGGUGAGGCAGCCCGAUAACUCCUUCCAGUGCUCCCCAUUUCACGUGCGCUUCGGGAAGCUGGGUGUGCUGCGCUCCAAGGAGAAGGUGGUUGACAUUGAAAUCAAUGGGGAACCUGUGGACCUGCACAUGAAGCUGGGUGACAAUGGAGAGGCCUUCUUCGUCCAGGAGUCAGAGGAGAAUGAGGUCAGCAUCCCCUCCCGCCUCUGCACGUCCCCCAUCCCCACGGAGGAGGGCCCGGAGGAUGCUGCUCAGCCCUCUCAGGGGCAGGAGACCUCCAGCGCUGAAGCGACCCUGCGCAAGAGGAGGCGACGCAGGAGGAAGCCCAAGCGGAAGGAGGUGUCAGACUCCGAGGUAGAAGACUGUGAAGAGGCCAGAAGCGAGAUGUCCGUGGAGGAUGAUUCAGUGUGUUUCUCCUUCGCUGAUGUCCCUGAAGAAGAAACCAGAUCGUUGCAGUCCCCGGAGAUGCACCCUUACUCUGACGGGGAGCUGGCCUCCAUGGACAGCCCCACCCUGAGCCAUCCAUCUUCUCCCAAAAGCGACUCCGAGCUGGAGAUCAGACCGCAGGAGAGUUUUGCUCUAGGGGCUGAAUCCCAUGUGCAGUGGACCUGGGGAAGGCUCCCUCAGGUGAAUAAAUCGGAACGAGUUGAACCAGCCAAGUCCACAAAGAUCUUUGCUACUGCAGCAACUACUGUCUCUGCAACACUGGUCCCAGCGGAUGAGGCAACCUGUCUUGUUGCCACCUCUGAAGGUCUGGGAGGAGGUUCAAGCCUAGCAGGACCUCAGGGCAUACCUUGUUCCUCUGCUUUGUCUGUUGUUGAGCCACCACCUGCACCCUGGGAUGGGAAUGACCUCCACAGGCUGAAGGACAUUCCCAGUGCUGUGGGGACAGAGAGCUUGUUGGAGGCUUUCUCAGCCCCACAAGAGAAACAGGAGAGAGGUGGGAGUGUUGUGCCAGAGGUUCAGCCAGAUGUGGAACCCUUUGAGGGAGCCACUGCUCCAAGGCAGGUGUGCUCAGAGGGCCCUGAGCCCCAGCUGGAAAGCCAGAGGAGACAAGGAUCCAUCAAAAGAAGUCCUCAUUUGGGUCCCAGUGAUGUUUACCUGGAAGACCUCUCCAACCUGGAUGAGGAGCAGGUGGCUCUCUACUUUCCCAGGAGUGACACAGAGCAGAGUUCAAAGCCUGUGGCAGACCCCAGUAACCCUCUGUGUGUCCAGCUGUCAUCCGACUUGCUGCCCGACAGCCCCAUGGAUGCAGACUCUGAUUUGAUGCCUGCGAUUGCCCUGUCGCUGUGCGGAGGCCUGGGGGGCAGCAGGCAGAUCUCUCGUGAAAAGUUCAUGGAGCACAUAGUCUCCUACCAGCAGUUUGCUGAGAAUCCAGGACUCGUCGAUGACCCGAACCUGGUGAUACUGAUCAACAAGAAGUAUUACAACUGGGCAGUGGCUGCUCCCAUGGUCCUGUCCCUGCAGGCUUUCCAAAGGAACAUUCCUGAGAGCACCAUCGACCGGCUGGUGAAGGAGAAGAUGCCCAAGAAAGGCAGCAGGUGGUGGUUCUCCUGGAGGAGAAGAGAAUUCCCAGCAGAGGAGGUGUUUCAGUCGAGGCCAGGGAGAGCCAACGUGGAGACGCUGCAGCAUGACUCUGCUCGGCAGAGGCAGGAGGAGGAGGUGUCAUCCAGUGACAAUGAGCCCCUGCACCCUGGGGACAUGUUAGCAGAGGAUGCCCCUGCACAGAAAUCUCAACCAACCUACAAGAAAUCCCUGCGACUCUCCUCCGAACAAAUUGGAAGGCUGAAUCUGCAGGAUGGCCCCAACGAGGUGGCAUUCAGCGUGACGACUCAGUACCAGGGCACGUGCCGCUGUGAGGCCACUAUCUACCUGUGGAAUUGGAAUGACAAGGUGGUGGUCUCGGACAUCGACGGCACCAUCACGAAGUCAGAUGCUCUUGGGCACAUCUUGCCGCAUCUGGGAAAAGACUGGACUCAUCAUGGGAUCGCCAAACUCUUCCACAAAAUCCACCUGAAUGGCUAUAAGUUCCUCUACUGCUCAGCCAGAGCGAUUGGCAUGGCACACAUCACCAAAGGCUACCUCAAAUGGGUCAACGAGCAAGGCUGCGCCCUCCCCAAGGGUCCCAUCCUGCUUGCCCCCAGCAGCCUCUUCUCUGCCUUCCACAGGGAGGUGAUUGAGAAGAAGCCAGAGGUGUUCAAGAUCGCCUGCUUGAUGGACAUCCAAAACCUGUUUGCCACGAAGCUGCCCUUCUACGCAGCCUUUGGGAACAGAGCCAACGACGUCUAUGCCUACAAGCAAGUGGGCCUGCCGGAGAGCCGCAUAUUCACGGUCAACCCCAAGGGAGAGCUGAUCCAGGAGCUCACGAAGAACCAUAAGUCAACGUACGACCGGCUGUCGGAGCUGGUGGACCUCAUCUUCCCACCCCUGGGACAGAGUGGGAGCGUUGCUCUGGUGUGUUCGGAGUACAGCCACUUUGCCUACUGGAGACCUCCACUGCCUGCUGUUGAUUUGGAUGCCUUCUCCUGA